CUCCAAUGACACCAUUUGCCGUGUCUCCUUCUUAGUUUGCUUUUCCUCUCAGCCGGGAGAAGUUGGAGCGACGCGCGAUAUAUUCGCCUCGUUUAUUCGGGGAGGAGGAUUAGCGCCAAUGGAUGCACAAUCGUAAAGGCGUUCAGAUGAGUUUGGACAAGUACGAACUUGAUGUUGGUUGAACAUCCCAAGCAGCUGCGCUGACAGCUCAGCUUGUUGCCGUGCCUCGCCUCACCUCGCCGGCCGCCGGGUCAGAAUUCAGCGACCAGAACGACCGCAGUUAACCUCUACUACAGUCCGCUGGAACCUGCGCCAGCCACCAUUAAACCCCAAGGUAACAUCUCCACUAGUGUGCAACAGGAAGUGUAUGUGAGCAGCGAUGGGCCAGAGAGCCGCACUUCUGCUCAGUGAGCUGCUGCUGCUGCUAACAGCCUCACGCACUCUCCUCGCAGUCAGCUUCCCCGAGGACAUUACACCCCUGGAUGUCGUCGACGCUCACUUUUCACGGAGGUACCCCGUGUUCAGAGGCAGGCCCUCUGGUAACGAGUCGCAGCAUCGCCUCGACUUUCAGCUGAUGACCAAGAUACAAGACACGCUCUUCAUCGCUGGCAGAGAUCAGGUGUACCUUGUAAGUUUGAGAGAAUCCUACAGGAAUGAGAUCAUCCCUUACCGGAAGCUGACAUGGCGAUCAGGCCAGGCUGACAGAGAGAUGUGUGCUGUCAAGGGAAAACACAGAGAUGAGUGCCAUAACUUCAUCAAAGUGCUGGUUCCCAGAAAUGACGACCUGGUCUUCAUCUGUGGCACCAAUGGCUUUAACCCCAUGUGCAGAUACUACAGGCUGGAUAACCUCGAGUUGGAUGGUGAGGAGAUCAAUGGGCUGGCACGGUGCCCAUUUGACUCCAAGCAAACCAACGUUGCCCUUUUUGCAGAGGGGAAACUGUAUUCCGCCACAGUGGCUGACUUUCAGGCCAGCGAUUCUGUCAUUUAUCGCAGUAUGGGUGAUGGUUCCGCCUUGAGGACCAUCAAAUACGACUCCAAGUGGCUUAAAGAACCUCAUUUCCUGCACGCAGCCGAGUAUGGGAAUUAUGUGUACUUUUUCUACCGAGAGAUUGCAGUGGAGCACAGCAAUCUGGGAAAGGUGGUCUACUCUCGCGUCGCCCGGAUCUGCAAAAACGACAUUGGCGGGUCACAGCGUGUUCUAGAGAAACAUUGGACAUCUUUUGUGAAGGCGAGGCUGAACUGCUCUGUGCCGGGGGACUCCUUUUUCUACUUUGACGUGCUUCAGUCCAUCACUGACAUCAUCAACAUCAACGGGGUCCCGUCCGUCGUGGGUGUGUUCACCACUCAGAUGAACAGUAUUCCAGGGUCAGCAGUGUGUGCUUUCUCCAUGGCCGACAUCGAGAAAGUCUUCCGUGGUCGAUUUAAAGAGCAGAAGACUGCUGACUCCAUAUGGACGCCAUUUUCAGAGGAGAAGCUACCCAAACCUCGACCCGGGUGCUGUGCAGGUUACGGUCCAGCUGCACCCUUUAAGAGUUCCAUCGAGUUCCCGGAUGAAACGCUGCAGUUCAUCAAGUCCCACCCUCUCAUGGACACAGCUGUGCCUUCCACUGGGGAUGAGCCCUGGUACACAAAGACACGUGUCAGGUACCGACUGACUGGGCUGGCUGUGGACAAUGAAGCAGGCCCGCACAAGAACUACACUGUGGUUUUCCUUGGUUCUGAGUCAGGGGUUGUCCUCAAAGUUUUGGCAAAGACCUUGUCCAUGUCCCUGAAUGACAGUCUGCUUCUGGAGGAGAUAGAUGUCUUCAACAAGGCCAAGUGCUUGUCUAACCACGACGACGAUAAGCGUGUCCUGUCGCUGCACGUGGAUAAAGACGCACAUAGCCUGUAUGUUGCCUUUUCAAGCUGCGUCAUUCGAAUUCCCCUGAGUCGCUGUGAAAGGCAUUCUUCUUGCCACAAGUCCUGCAUCGCAUUACGUGAUCCCUAUUGUGGAUGGAGGCCUCAAGGAGCCUGCGAGAGGAUACAGCCUGGUCUUUUGACGGGCUAUGAGCAGGAUAUUGAAUUAGGGAACACUGGCCAUUUGGGAGACUGUCAGGCAUUUUUGGGUACUACAUCAGCGCCAGAUUACAAAUCAUUUGGCGACCCUACCUCUGACAUGGAGUUUUCAUCAGCACCAGUCACUGUCCUGCCCAGUGGGCCCAUACCUCCCCCAGUACUCAUUCCCACUCAGAGCCCCAGCUCUGGGCCCGCUCCAGAGCUCUACGGCUCAGGCUUUGUGCUGCAGGAUGACCCAGCCACCUCUCAUUCUUUAGACUCUCUCCCAGGGGGGCAAGAGGGUGUGUGGGAUAUCCAAGCAAGUGAAACCAGCCAGAUGGUCCACAUGAACAUCCUGAUCACCUGCGUGUUUGGUGCGUUCCUCAUGGGUGCCCUGCUAGCUGGUCUGAUUGUCUUCUGCAAUCGGGAAUCAUUCAUGCGAAAGCAACGGCGUGUCCACAAGGAUGCAGAAUCCGCUCCAUCCUGCUCGGACUCUGCUGGAAGCUUCGUCAAGCUCAACGGCCUCUUCGACAGCCCUGUAAAGGAAUACCAGACGAGUGUUGAUUCUCCUAAGCUGUACACCAACCUGCUGAGUAAAGACCUGAAAACGCCCAACGGUGACACCAAGACCAUGAUCCUACGGGAUGGCUGUGCGCCCCCCGAGUUGGCCGCUUUGCCGACACCCGAGUCCACUCCUGUUCUUCAGCAGAAAGGCUUGCAGCCCAUCAAAAACCAGUGGGAGAGGGACCACAGGAAGGUCAGCGGUCCCCGCAAAGAAUCCAACUCGACAGCCAAGAGUUCUCAGCUUCUUCUGUCUUCACCUGGUCCACCCAAAUCCAACUCCAACCAGCCUCACCUGGCCCUGGGACAUUCUCACAUUCCCAGUGCUGUUGUCCUGCCCAAUGCCACACAUGACCACCCAUAUUUUGACAGCGGAGAUGAUACUUUACCACAUCCUUCUGAAAAGAAGCUCAAGAACCCAGACACGAAAGGAAGUAGGAAAGACCAGAAGCGGUCGGUGGAUGCGAGGAAUACACUAAAUGACCUUUUAAAACAUCUCAAUGACUCUGUGGCCAACCCUAAGGCCAUUCUUCAUGAGGGAUCGGGGCCUCGCCCUCGGCACCUCAUGCUGGAACCCAUGGAGGAACUGACAGAACUACCUCCCAGGGUGCCAAGCCGUGAGGCCUCCUUGUACUCUCCUUCCUCCUCCCUGCCGAGGCACAGUCCCACCAAGAGGGUGGAUGUCCCUUUGUCCACCACUCCCACCACGCCAACGGGCAGCCUAAGCAUGGGGGGAACCUUGGAGAGGCCGAGAGGGGGCUAUCAGCUCCAACGGAGUGCCUCUCACAGGCACUCCUUGUCCACCUCAACAAAUGGGGUGACUAUGGGGGUAUCUGUGUCUCGCCAGCACAGUAUGAACAGAGGGGGUUACAUGCUCCCAACACCCCCCUCCAGACUUGAUUCCCAUGUCGGAAUGAUGGGGGCAGGAAUGCACUCGCCCAACCCUCCCUCUUUAUCGCGACAAAGCAGCUACAGUGGGCACGGCUCGCUCCCUCGCACAGGACUUAAAAGGACCCCAUCGCUAAAGCCAGAUGUGCCCCCUAAACCUAAUGGCUUUUCACCACAGACUCCACAGAUGCGAGUGGUCAAUAAGUACAGCUAUUAAAAGAGCACCAACACUUUGGCGUGAGCUCUUUGCCUUGACAAUAUAGCUUUGAGCCUGGAUGGCUUGGCUAUGGAUUGGGUUGACCCCAGUGUAUGUGUGUGUGUGUGUAUACCAACCUGAGGUCUGUUCCCCUUUAAGAGAUAUGCACACUGACUCACACUUCAGUUAAAAGGAAGAAGGAGGAGGAGGAAAGAAAAAAAAAACGUGUGGCCAAAGAAACUCCUCUGAUGUUUUUCAUUCUCUUGAUUUCCAUCCUGCUCGUCAUGUUGGACAUUUGGGCUUUGGUGUCACCCGUUUUCACAUUGAUGUACACGGAUUAGGACACCACAGCAGCAGCCGCCACAGAGUCCGUCUGUGUGUGAGGUACCAGGUUGGAAACAGUGGAAUACUUGAAGAAUGGGUCUCAUUUUUCACUGCCUUUGAGCACUGUCUUCCCAUUAAUGUGAACUGAACAGAGAGGUAGGCCAUGCUUUUGUUAGAGAGCUGGUGCAGGGCAACGGAGAGUAAACCUAAUGCGGUAAUUAUUAGGUUCAAAUAGAACAAAGACAAAGGCAGCAAGCAUACAGAAGAGUAAAUGAUGACGUGUCUUUUCAUUGAGCGUGUUUGCAUCUGUGUAGGCUGAUGUGAAAGAAGGAUCGUGUACUGGCAGAACAAAGUUAACCCUUGGCACUUCAAGAGCGGUGCCAUGCAGACGAUGCACCUUAAAGUCACUGUCUUGCUGAAAAGUGUAUGGGCUGGUUUUAAACUAAGGUGAAACGGUUUUUGUGUCAUUUUUAAAGUAUUUAAAGGUGAUUAGGUUGGGCUACUUUUAAGAUGGUCACAUUGGGUUAUAUACUGGUACAGGGACACUUCACUCACUGGGAUAUCCUCAAUACAUUUUGCUGCUAUUGGUUUGAGACAUAGCUGUUUGUGUUUGCUGCAUUUAGUAGUGCACCAGAUUGGGAUGACCCUAAUAUGGGUAUGCACAUUUUAUUUUAAUUUUUUUUUUUUUUUCCAAAUACAAAGAGUAGCCCUUAGGUACCAUUUCAACAACCAAACACAAUGUUAAGACUGAUGAAUUACCUGAUCGAACAGCUACGGAAUCCUACUGCAGAGACGCUUUCUUGUAAUGUAGCAGGAAUGCAUUUCUCUCCUUCAAUGAAAUUAACACCAAUGAGCCCUGUGUAUGCAUUUGGCAAUACUAAAACUAAACAUUUCUUCCUCCCACAACCAUUAUAUUGGUCACAUUACUAGACAGACAUCGGAAUAAUAGGACUUUUAAGAGCUCAUUCUACUUUCUGUGUUGGUUCCAUUGCCCGCGUUAUCAUUACAGCUUCCCUGUGAUUGGCCAAUGUACAAUCAACACAACAUUUACCAAUGUGUCCGGAUAAGUCAUGCUGGGAAUGACAAGUUUGUGUAUAUACUUAAAUACUAUAAAUAAGGAGUAAGCAUAUUUUUAGGCAAGUGAACAUAAAACCUGUGCAUUGUGUGCCUUAUUCUCAAAAUGACCUACCACAUACAGUAUAAUAUCGGCAAUGUCAACAGUUCUCAGUUUGUUAUUGCCAUUUAUGAUAUAAAUCAUUUCAUUGGCCAAAAGUGUUGAAAAUUAACUACCUAAUUGUAAUGGAACAUUCCACUUGUGAGUGGGUCAUACACAAAAAAAGGUUUUAAAAGAAUGGGCAUUGCUGGUGUUGACUAUGUAUUAAUCCGCCACAUUGAGGUGCCAUGCAGCGAAUGUAUUUUUUUGACAGCGGGACGUAGGUUGUUCAGACCUUGCACUGUGGUCCAGUCAGCUCAAUUCAGCACAUCCUGCCUGCAGCCACCGCAUUAACACGCGAAGAGCUGUUACCGUUGGAAUUGGUUGUGGUUACGCAGAAUCUCAAAUUCAAUUGAGUUUUUAUUGGCCAGUUGGGAUGAGUUACGGAACGAUUGAACUGCAUACUCCAUAUGGGUGACAUCUAUCCGAGUGUCAGGCGCCUGUUUAGCCCAAAGCCACAUUUUGUUUUCAAGUAAUGAUUGUAUGUAAAGACUUCCUUCCAGCCGGUAUUGGGGCUCUUUUUUUUGUGUGCGACACCUGCAAACUGACACACACGAAGAUCCUUACAACAUACACUGCUUAACUGCCUUGUACAUUGCAAUAUGAACUCUUUUUUUCAGUUGCAAUCUAAAUUGAAGCCUUUAAAAUUCAGUCGAAGCUCUUCAUGUGCAGAAAAAAUACAUGUUUUGGUCAUGUCAUUUAGAUUUCAAUGCUGUGCAAGAUGGCGAUACAAGGCCAGGUGUAUAUAUAGGAUCGCCAGUGUAUUUGAGCGUGUAGAUAAUGUUUUAAAGAUGUACUGUGAAAGUGUAAAUAGUAAUGGUCUUUGUUUCAUAUUUUUUGUUGAUUUUUUUUUAACACGGCAUGUAUAGUUGAAAUAAAUCAUUACUGCACCGAAAUAACAUGUAAGGAGUGGUUUUUUACUUUUUGAUUUGAUUGGAUUAGCUGUGUCGCCAUGGUGAAAUAGUGGUUAGCACAUCCGCCUCGCAGUUCUAAGGUAUGGAGGUUCGAAACCAGGCUACGGCCUUCAUCUGUGGGAGUUAGCAAGUUCUCCCCGUGCUUGCAUGGGUUUUUGUCAGGUACUCCGGCUUCCACGUUCAGGAAAGAUGCUUGUUAGCUACAUUGAAGACACUUGUAAAUUUGACACACCACAGAGAAGUGUUGUAAACAACCCUGCCACUGAUGAACUGAUGAAAAAAAUUGCCUAGUAUAUAAAAUAAAGCUUCAAAAUUGUGAAAAAUCAA